GCACGUUCUGCCCUCGCUUGUCCCCAGCUUCGAAUUUUUAGCAGACUAGCGCACAUACAGCAGUUGCGCGAAAGACGAUCAAGGAACGAAACUCAAGAACGGGAAGAAGGAUCUUUUAGAGAAAGAUAAGAAAGAUGUCGGGCGACGAGACGCUUCAGAAGAGAGUGCAGGAUGAGUCUGAUUCUGAGGAGGAGGAGAUUGAAGAGGAGGAGGUUAUCCCCACCGUCGAUGUCGAUAUCUCCAAAUUGCAUCCCUUGUCUCCAGAGGUCAUCUCAAAACAGGCUACAGUGAACAUCGGCACGAUCGGACACGUCGCUCACGGAAAGUCGACUGUUGUGAAAGCCAUCUCUGGUGUAACGACCGUUCGAUUCAAGAACGAGCUCGUUCGUAACAUCACCAUCAAGCUCGGUUACGCUAACGCCAAAAUCUACAAGUGCGAAAAUGAUGCUUGCCCAAGACCAGGCUGCUACCGUUCCUACCCGUCCGACAAGGAAGAGCACCCGCCUUGCGAACGACCCGGAUGUGGACACCGCAUGAAGCUCCUCCGCCACGUCUCCUUCGUCGACUGCCCAGGACACGACAUUCUGAUGGCUACCAUGUUGAACGGUGCAGCGGUCAUGGACGCAGCCCUCCUACUCGUCGCCGGCAACGAAACCUGCCCACAGCCCCAAACCUCGGAGCAUCUUGCCGCCGUCGAGAUCAUGAAGCUCGAGCACAUCAUCAUCCUCCAGAACAAGGUCGAUCUGAUCAAGGAGCCGCAGGCUCUCGAGCACCAGAAGAGCAUCUCUGCGUUCGUCAAGGGUACUGUUGCGGAGAACUCGCCCAUCGUCCCCAUCUCGGCCCAGCUCAAGUACAACAUCGACGCGGUGAACGAGUAUAUCGUGAAGAAUAUCCCGAUUCCUGUGCGCGACUUUACUUCGGAUCCGAGGUUGAUUGUUAUCCGUUCCUUCGACGUCAACAAGCCCGGUGCGGAAGUGGAUGAGUUGCAGGGAGGUGUAGCCGGUGGUUCGAUUCUGCGGGGUGUGCUCCGGCUAGGACAAGAAGUGGAGAUCCGACCUGGUAUUGUGACCAAGGAUAGCCAGGGAAGGAAUAGAUGCAAACCUAUCUUCAGCAGGAUUAUGAGUUUGCAUGCGGAGAAGAACCUUUUGCAGUUUGCGGUUCCUGGAGGGUUGAUUGGUGUUGGAACGAGGAUCGAUCCUACGCUUUGCAGAGCUGAUCGGUUGGUCGGUCAGGUUUUGGGUGCAGUUGGCAAGCUUCCCAAGAUUUACACCGAACUCGAAAUCAGCCUGUUCCUUCUCCGCCGUCUCCUUGGUGUCAAAUCCGAAGACAAAAAAACCACCAAAGUCACCAAACUCGUCAAAAACGAGCUCUUGCUUAUCAACAUUGGCUCGACUUCGACUGGAGGAAGGGUUUUGAGCGUUAAAGCUGAUUUGGCCAAGAUUCAGUUGACGUCGCCGGCGUGCACGGAGGUUGGUGAGAAGGUUGCACUUUCGAGGAGGAUUGAGAAGCAUUGGCGACUUGUUGGAUGGGGAAGUGUACAACGCGGAACGGUGUUGGAGGUUGAUUAGAUCUCUGGUAGUACUAUACCUUACGAAUGAAGCUCCUUUUGAAUGCACGUACUUUUCUUCUGUC